UGGAGACAGACCUGAGAGAAAAUCCAAGUAUAAAAAUCAAUGAAAUACGUAACAAGGCUGUAAGAAAAUGGAAUACUAGAGUGUCUUGGUCUAUGGCUCGCAGGGCAAGAGCUAUGGCAGCAGACUAAGUCCAAGGUUCAUUUAAAGAACAGUUUAGGAGAAUUUAUAACUAUGCAAAUGAGUUGCUGAAAUCCAAUCAUGGGUCUACAAUCAAACUGAAAGUGGAAGACGUGGAGGGACAAGCCACAUUCAAGAGAUUCUACACUUGUUUAAAAGCAUGUAUAGAUAGUUUUGUGUCGUGUAGACCAAUAAUUGGGUUGGAUGACUGUUUUUUGAAAGGACGAUAUGGGAGUGAAUUAUUCACGGCUGUUGGUCGAGAUGGUAAUGACCAGAUGGUGCCACUAUGCUAUGCGCUUGUUGAAGUAGAAAACAAAGAAACAUGGACUUGGUUUAUGGAGUUAUUGAUUGAAGACUUAGGUGGGCCAGAAGUAUGUCAGUCCAUCACUUUCAUGUCAGAUCAACAAAAGGAAAAUUCCAUUACUUAAUUAAUUAAAGUUUUGAAGUGUUUGAAUUGUUGACUUAUUCAUUUAACAUUCUGUUUUUUGACAGGGACUUAUGCUUGCUAUACAGGAGCUGUUACCUGGCGCAGAACAAAGAUUCUGCAUGCGCCAUUUGUACGCCAAUUUUAGGAAAAAAUUUGGUGGGAAGAAAUUGAAGAAUUUAAUGUGGCGGGCUGCUGUGAGUACAUAUCCCCAAGCUUGGGAAAGAAAAAUGAGAAAUAUCAAAGAAGCCAAUCUUGAGGCUUACAAAUACCUCAUAGCCAUUCCACCAAGAUUUUGGUCCAGAUCUAGGUUCACAAGUCAAGCCAUCUGUGACACUCUAGUAAACAACAUGAGUGAAGCCUUCAACAGUGUCAUAAUUGAUGCAAGGACUAAACCAAUUGUAUCAAUGCUAGAGGACAUCAAAAUUUAUUUGAUGAAGAGAUGGGCCAAAAACCGGAAGAAGGUGAAAGCUUUUAAAGGUUCAAUCUGCCCAAGGAUUACAACUAGGCUGCGAGAAGAAUCAGCCUUAACAAAGAACUGGAUUCCAAGUUGGUCAGGAGAAAAGAUUUUUGAAGUCAAGCACAUUUCACUUAUUGGAGAGAAGUACAAAGUCAACAUUGACACACACCAAUGCACGUGCAGGAAAUGGAUGCUCAGUGGUAUUCCUUGUUGCCAUGCACUUGCUGCAAUGAGGUUUUUAAAUUUAAAUGCAGAGGAGUUCAUACCACACUGGUUCAGAACUUGCACUUAUGAAGAAACAUACCACUCCAUAAUCUAUCCAGUGAAUGGGCAGCUGCUGUGGGAGAGGACUUCCUACAAUGAUGUCCAACCCCCCUCAAAAGGAGAUUACCUGGGAGGCCAAAGAAAAAGAGGAGAUUGGAACAGUGGGAAUUAAAGAAAAAUGAUACUGAGUUAAGGAAAGGUGGCCAUCAAAAGAGAUGUAGGGUAUGUCGUGAAGUGGGACAUAACAAAAGUAAUUGUCCACAACUCCCUCAGCAACCACAGCCUACAGAGCAACCACCACCACCAUCAAGUCAGCAGUCCACACAAGCAACACAGCCUACACAACAACCACCACCAUCAAGUCAGCAGACCACACAACCAACACAACCUUCACAGCAGGAACAUGAAGUCUCACAACAGACAGGGCAACCAAGCUGCAGGCAGAAAUUGCAAAUUCGAAGACCACCAACUUGAACAACAUUUUCUGUGCUUUAAUUAGGCCUACUUAGGAGACAACUUUUGAUGUAUUUAGGCCUGUUUUGGUAGUAAUUUUGUAGUAAUUGGUACUAUGUUUGUUAACUUUUUUUGUCCAGCACACUUUUGUUGAACAUCUGAAUUCCAUAACUUCAGCACAUUUUGA